GAUAUUUCUCCUGUGCAAUAAAAUCUAACGCCUAAUGACUGAUGUCAGUUCAAGUUUAAUUCAUUGGAAUGAGAAAGAAAUUUUACCGAGGGGGAUUUUUCUUACUUCUUCUGGAUCCGGUGGAGAUCGUCUUCUCUUCUGGCAGUCUUCGUUAGCAAGUAAUCCUAGUAAAGUGUACGAUGUGAAAAAAGAUCAAUCUACAAGCGAUAAUAGCUGUUCAUCUAAUGUUGGCGCUUCUUUUAAUCAGGAAACUGAAUUAUCAAAAGAUCAUACGGCAUCUGUCUCAAGUCUAACAACACUGUCGACUACUCCUAGUCCCAAGAUAAAAAAUCCAGCUAAUAUCAAUAAUCGAGGUCCUGUCAGUACUAGUGAAAAUCCGUUCGCACUCAGUUUAAUCUCAGAUCGUACAAUAUCAUGUAAUGAAACCACUCUAGGCAACAGUCCUAUUUCCAGUGGGCUUAAUCCAAACUUUAUUGGUUCAUCAGUUGAUCGUACAUUGAAUAAUUGUCCAACUAUCUGUUCAAAUAUUACUCCUAGUCUGUGUAAUACUAGUACAAUGUCUUCAAAUAAUCCUGUCGGCAAUGUUACAACAAAUCUGUCUACCUCUAAUAUAGUUCUUGGCGGUAUUUAUUCAACAGACUCAUCAUUACAAGUUCCUUCGAGUGAAUCACCUUUAAUUGGUAAUUUAGGCAUCUCGAAUAUAGAAGGUAUUCCUGCAAAUGUUCUGCUCAGCCUUCUACACCAACAAACUCAAGCACUUCAACGUAAAAUUUAUAUCAAGUUAGAAAACAGUAUAUUUGUUGGAGCUGCAUUCAACUUAUCUCCAUCGGACACAGAAGGUAUUGGCCUCAGCGAAGACACUGAUGACUCGAAUGCAAAGAGCUCUGAUGGUGAAUCACUUCGUACAACAACAGGUGCAGCUCAUACUAUGAUUAGUUUUACUGUUGGCUUUCUUAUGGAUUCAUCUGCACCACCUUCUGUAUUAUCUUAUCUUACUGAAUUAUCCAGAUUGAUUGGUUCCCAAAUAAGACGUGCAGAAUUAAUGUUCAAUUAUCUUAGAGAUCAAAGGGAUAUUAUCACUUCUACACUAGAGAAAUAUUCUUAUGUUGAUGCUAAUUCAUGGCCUAGCAGUUCUACAACAGAUCACAAUAUGAAUAAGUAUGGAUCAGAUAACAUUAACACUAAUAGACCGAGUCAAUCAUUCCCGAGUAAACGUCAUGUGAAACUUUCUGAAGUGAUAAAUACUGAACGCGAAAAUAGCCUGUCAUCUCCACUGACAGAUCAUGAUUCCAAUGAAAAUAAAUCAACUUCACAGUUGAAUGUAAAUCAGUCAACGAAUGAAAAUAUUUCUGCGAAUAAAACCAACGAUAUGCAUGAUUAUAAUGAUACGAAAAAUGAUGCAACCACUAUGAAUCCAUUAGAACGAUUAGUUCAGAUAUCUUCUUUAUGCGCUGAACUUAAGAGUAUACUUGAUUCAAUUUGUAAAACUGGUCAUGUAAAUGUCAAGAUUAACAAGAUAUAUCCAGUCUGUUUUUGUCUUCCACAUAAAGCCUACUGUUUAAAUAGUAGUGAUAAAAUAUCCAAGUUUAUGAUCGCUGUUCGACCAAUGGCUGUUUGGCGAGCAAUGGAUAAAAUACGACCGUAUCAUGCUUUAAUAUUAUUACUGCGUAAAGAUGUUCUACUCAGAGAUUUUCUACCAACGGAUAUUAAUCCUACGCUAAACGAGUAG